GAAUGCAUCCUCUCCGGGAUCAUGUCAGUGAAUGGAAAGAAAGUCCUUCACAUGGAUCGUAACUCUUACUAUGGAGGGGAGAGCGCAUCCAUUACACCCCUGGAGGAUCUCUACAAAAGGUUUAAUCUACCAGGAACUCCACCAGAAUCUAUGGGGCGAGGAAGAGACUGGAACGUGGACCUAAUUCCAAAAUUCCUUAUGGCUAACGGUCAGUUGGUAAAGAUGCUGCUCUACACAGAAGUCACUCGCUACUUAGACUUCAAGGUGAUCGAGGGAAGCUUCGUCUACAAGGGAGGAAAGAUCUACAAAGUUCCUUCCACUGAGGCAGAAGCCUUGGCAUCCAGCUUAAUGGGCUUGUUUGAGAAACGCCGGUUCAGGAAAUUCCUAGUGUACGUUGCCAACUUUGAUGAGAACGACCCCCGAACUUUCGAAGGCGUUGACCCCAAGAAGACUACCAUGCGCGACGUGUAUAAGAAGUUUGACCUGGGGCAGGAUGUUAUAGACUUCACGGGCCAUGCCCUCGCGCUCUACAGGACUGACGACUAUCUAGAUCAACCAUGCCAAGAAACAAUCAACAGGAUUAAGCUCUACAGUGAGUCGCUGGCUAGAUACGGUAAAAGCCCGUACCUUUAUCCCCUCUACGGCCUUGGAGAGCUGCCCCAGGGAUUUGCAAGGCUAAGCGCUAUAUAUGGAGGCACCUACAUGCUGAACAAGCCCAUCGAAGAGAUUGUGAUAGAAAACGGCAAAGUGGUUGGUGUGAAGUCUGAAGGGGAGGUCGCUCGCUGCAAACAGCUCAUCUGCGACCCCAGCUACGUCUCGGACCGCGUAACGAAGGUCGGCCAAGUGAUUCGGGUAAUCUGUAUCUUGAGCCACCCGAUCAAGAAUACGAACGAUGCCAACUCGUGCCAGAUCAUCAUUCCACAGAAUCAGGUCAACCGAAAAUCAGAUAUCUACGUCUGCAUGAUCUCCUCUGCACACAACGUGGCAGCGCAGGGGAAGUACAUCGCCAUUGCCAGCACUACUGUGGAAACCGCGGACCCAGAGAAGGAAAUCAAGCCGGCCUUGGACCUCUUGGAGCCCAUUGAGCAGAAGUUCGUUAGCAUCAGUGACCUGUUCGCGCCGACCGACUUGGGAACCGAAAGCCAGAUCUUCAUUUCUCGCACCUAUGACGCCACCACUCACUUUGAGACGACGUGCGAUGACAUCAAAGAUAUUUAUAAGAGGAUGAUGGGAUCAGAGUUUGACUUCGAAGAGAUGAAACGCAAGAAAAAUGAUAUCUAUGGGGAGGAGGAGCAGCAGUAAUGAGAAUCUCUAAUUAGGAGAAAUUUAAAUCGGCUAAUAUGAAUAUAUAAGGAACUUAAUGAACACUGUAUGAAAUUCAAUAUUGUAAGGCCUGCUUUUGUAAUCCCAUCUCUGAGAGAUUGAAGAGUACUGCACUGGUAAUGUUCCCCUUUUGGAUAUCAUGUGUUAAUUAUUUCAUUCUAGUAGGGCUGCUGUCCAGAAUCUGGCAAAUUACUGACUGAUUUAAUGACUAACCUCGUAAGCGAAAGGCAGACUGAACCUUUUUUUUUUUUUGCAGACGUAGACGUUGGUGCAGAUUUGAAAUAACUCAUUGACAGCUGUGUCUUACCUUGUAUUUUUAAUCAUUUGUAAACAUCCUUCACAAUUAUGUGCUUCUGGUGAGCUAGUAGAUGUGACGGUUGUCACUCAAACCUGAUAUCAAGGGAAAUAGAAACUGAGCACUCCAUUAUUGUGGACAGCAUCCCUAAAGUCUCUUCCCAUCAAUCUAACUCUGUGGCAAGUUGUAUUAUGGACAAAGCCCACAUCUAUUGUAGCAGCAAAUGUUGGCUUAGUUCUGGGCACAGAACUUAACCUCCACUUAAGCUUCUAAAACUGUUUACAUUGGUUGGGACACAGCUGUGCCUAAGGCUCCUUUGUGUUUUAAUCUUAAUAAAAUUGAGAGAACAAAUUACAGAGCAGGCAAGAUGUGGAAGUAUUUUCUGUACCCUGGUGGCUUCUCGGAUGGACCAAACGGCACUGCGGUAUCGAUAUGACAGAGCCUGUGCUUCUCGUGUCUCCUGAAGGCUCCAAAUGAUUUCUGUACUGCGAAGUAAAGCCAAAUUCUGGAAACCA